AUGAGAUUUUAUGAAAAUGGCGAUUUAAAUAAAUACAUUGAAAAUGUUAAAUAUAUUAGCUGGAAAGGUAAAAUCGAUUUAUUAUGGAGGAUUACCGCUGACUUGGAAAAUAUUCAUCGAUCUAAUCUCUAUCGUGGAAAUUUACACGGUGGAAAUAUAAUGAUUGAAGAUGAUGAAUUAAUCUCAGCUGGAAGAAUAGCUGAUAUAGGAAUUCAUGGAUCAGUUGAUACGCCAUAUAAUAAUAAAUUAUAUUGCGUAAUUCCCUAUAUUGCACCAGAGAUUCUUCUUGGAGAGAAUCAAUCAAAAGAGGCUAUUUAUAGUUAUUAG